AUGAACGUCUCGCUCAACUGGCUCAAAGAACGCCUCGACCUCGGCUCCCGCUCGAUCGAGGAAAUUUCCGACCUCCUCACCUUCGCAGGGAUCGAAGUCGAAGGCAUCCAACACAUCGGCGUCCAGACCGAUCAAAUCGUCGUUGCCGAAAUCAAAGAAGCCGUGCAACACCCGAUGCGGAUCGCCUCAAAGUCACCCAAGUUGACGCUGGAGAAGGCCAACUCCGUCAGAUCGUUUGCGGAGCGACGAACUACCAAUGCCUCGGGAGCCUUCACCAUCGGCGAGACCAAAAUGCGCGGCGUGGAAUCACGUGGCAUGCUUGCCGCCGGCUCCGAGAUCGGCCUCACCGACAAAGAAGACGGCCUGCUCAUUCUCGAAGGCGACCCUGCCCCCGGCACCCCCGUCAAAGACCUCUUCGACUCAGACACCCUUAUCGAAGUCGAGAUCACUCCCAACCGCCCCGACCUCCUCUCUCACUCCGGUCUCGCCCGUGAACUUGCCGCCCUUUUCAAAACAGGCAUCAACCCAAUAGAAAUUUCCGAAGCCAAAACUACUCCCUCUGAUUCUGUAAAAAUCGAUAGCGAAGUCUGCCCGUUCUACUCACUUCGCAAAAUCUCUGGCGUCAAAGUUGCCCCCUCACCUGAUUGGCUCGCCAGUAAACUCGAAUCCAUCGGCCUGCGCCCGAUUAACAACAUCGUUGACAUCACCAACUACGUCCUCCACGAACUCGGACAACCACUCCACGCCUUCGACGCCGCCAAAGUUUCGGGCUCCAUCCACAUCCGCAAUGCCACCGAAGGCGAAACUUUCCAUGCCCUCGAUGAAGAAAAAUACACCCUCACCGCCACCGACUGCGUCAUUUCUGAUGAAAAAGGAACAUCCUUGGCAUUGGGCGGAAUCAUGGGGGGACUCGAUAGCGGAGUCACCGACACUACCACCGACAUCCUUUUAGAAUCCGCUUACUUCACCACCUCCGAUAUUCGCCGCACCUCUGGGCGUCUCCACCUUUCUUCAGAUUCCUCCUAUCGCUUCGAACGCGGAGUUGACCCACAAGGCGUCCUCCCCGCAUCCGUUUUAGCCACCCAGCUCAUCCUCGAAAUCGCAGGAGGCAACGCGCAAGACUCCAUCGAAACCACCGGCAACCUUCCCAGCAACCCAGUCGACGUAGAGCUUGACCACGACCGCCUUAACCAGCUCAUGGACAACUCCAUCUCCACCGAAGACGCCGAAGACAUCCUCCUUCGCCUCGGCCUGAAAAAAGCGAACACCACCACUUGGAACAUCCCAUCCUGGCGUGGCGACCUCGAACGCUCUGCUGACCUCGUCGAAGAAAUCGCGCGCACCCACGGCCUCGACAAAAUCCCCUCCCGCACCGGCGGCACCGCUGUCGAUGAAUCCAUCUUCGACCGCGAUUACGAUCGCCUCAUGACACUCAAGGAAAAGCUCGUCGCCCACGGCUUCUACGAAACACAAACCAUCAAACUCAUCGCCGAGAAACAACUCCGCGACGCUCUCCCACUUCGUCCCCUCAGCGAAGGCGACCUCAUCCGCGUCGCCCGUCCCCUCAGCGAAGACCACGCAAUCCUGCGACCUAGCCUCACCCCCGGUCUCAUCCAAUCUGCCGAGAACAACCUCCGCCAAGGCGCCAAAUCACUUCGCUUCUUCGAAGCCGGACGCUACUUCCGUAAUGCGGGAGGAGGAAAAGCAAAAGAUCUCGAAGCCGACUCCAUCGCGCUCUUCAUGUCCGGAGAACCAGCUCCCAACGGCUGGGCCAAUGAAUCCACCGCCAGCCUCGAUCUCUACGACCUCAAGGCCACCCUCCAAUCACUUACCCCCACUGCCACCCUCCAAUUCGCUGCCCGCCCACGCGAAGGUUUCCUCCUCGCCGGCGACAUCCUCAUCGACGGGAAAAACAUCGGUGCCUACGCCCAACUCCUCCCCUCCCGCGCACGCGAACUCGACCUCAACGCACCCGCCUACCUCGCCGAACUCGACCUCUCAAAAAUACUCCCCCUCAUCGGCUCUACCUUCCAAGUCGAUCCCCUCCCACAAUUCCCUGGCUCCUCCCGUGACAUCGCCAUGGAACUUCCAGAUAAAACCACCAACGCCGAAGUCGAAAAAGCCAUCGCCAAGCACAACGAACCCCUCCUCACCAGUGCCACCUGCUUCGACCACUUCCGCGACCCCUCCGGCGAAAAACUAGACGCCGACAAAAAAUCCAUCGCCUACACCUUCACCUACCGCUCCGACGCCAAAACCCUCAAGCAAAAAGACAUCGAUCUGGCCCACGAGAAACUGAAAACGCACCUAGAAAAAACCCUCCCUGUCACCUUCCGCUAA